GGAUACAACUCGCAACAUAUACAUAAGGAGCUAAUUAGCGCACUAAUUUCUCGGUCGCCUGCUAGCUAGAGCUUCGGCUGCCAAACAAUGGCGCUCUUCCUUUUCUUCGCUGCAAUCGUCGUGUUAGCCGCCGCGUCACCUGCCAUCGGCCAGCUGCCAGGUUUUUUGAGCAUUGACUGCGGUCUAGAGGCCAAAUACAGCGGCUACAAGGACACUGACCUCGGCAUCGUCUACGUCUCCGACGGCCCGUACAUUGACAACGGGGAGAACCACCAGGCCUCGGGGGACAGUACCACCCGGCGUCCUUACCUGACGCUCAGGAGAUUCCCCACAGGGGAGAGGAACUGCUACGCCCUCCCCACCGUCUCCGGGGACAAGUACCUUGUCCGGGUGGUGAUAGCGAGGGACAGCCAGAACAGCUCGUCGACGGCGACGACGACGGCGACGCUGCAGUUCGACCUGCACCUCGGGGCGAACUACUGGGACACCGUGCACGACGACGGCACCGAGGUGUACGAGGCGUUGUUCAUGGCGUGGGCGAGCUGGGCGCCGGUGUGCCUCGUCAACACCGGCCAGGGAACGCCAUACGCGUCGGCGAUUGAGCUGAGGCCGCUCGGCAGCGAGAUCUACCCGGCCGUCAUGGCCAACCAGUCCCUGCGCUUGUCUAGUCGGCAGAGGAUGGGGCAAAUAAACAGCUCUGUUACUCGGUUUCCUGAUGAUCAAUAUGAUCGGUUCUGGUGGACGAUGCCCACUAACCCAAUGUGGGCGAAUCUAUCAACCACGUCGAACAUUCAGGAGGAGUCCACCAUGUUUGGGGUUCCCUCGGCAAUCCUCCAGAAGGCCGUCACAGUGGCCGGGAACGGCACUAUGCUCAACAUCAUGUCGGAAGACAGAUCAUUCUUUGAGUUCAUGGUGUUCCUGCACUUGGCUGACUUCCAGGACAACAAGAUCCGGCAGUUCAAUGUCUACUUCAACAGCGACAACCCUCUCCCAUACAUCCCACAAUACCUGGCCGCUGAUUACGUUUACAGCAGAAAUUGGUACAGCUCCACAGAUGGAAAGUUCAACAUCACUCUUGCGGCCACCGCCAAGUCCUUGUUGCCCCCGAUGCUCAAUGCGCUCGAGAUCUACACUCUCGUCGCACAUAGCACUCCCACGACUUUUUCGAAAGAUUUUGAUGCCAUCAUGGCUAUUAAAUUUGAAUACGGGAUAAAGAAGAAUUGGAUGGGUGAUCCAUGUUCCCCGUCCCGAUUUGCAUGGGAUGGUGUGAUAUGCAGGAACACAAGUGAUAAUAUUCCAAGGAUAAUAUCUCUCGAUCUCUCCAACAGCAACUUGCAUGGGGUGAUAUCUAAUAACUUCACACUUCUCACAGCACUUGAGAAUUUAAAUUUGACAGGCAACCAACUGAAUGGAACAAUUCCAGACUCCUUGUGCAAACUAAAUGCAGGGUCAUUCAUUUUCAGUUAUAAUUCUGAUCAAGAUUUGUGCAAAAAAACAAGUCCGUCUUCUUCAAGAAGCAGAGCAACUAUAUUAGCUAUCUCAAUAGCAGCUCCCGUGAUGGUAGUGGCUAUACUUGGUCUUUCAUAUUUAAUAUGGAGAGUUAAAAGAAAGUCCAACAUUUUCGCAUACAAUCCUCCCAGAGUUCCAGAACCCACAAAUGCUUCAAGAAAUGAAAAAUAUCAUUGGGAUCAUCUACAAGAAAAUGAGAAUCGUCAAUUCACCUAUAAGGAACUGGAGAAGAUUACUGAUAACUUCCAACUGAUAAUUGGAGAAGGAGGGUUUGGACGUGUGUACCACGGUCGUUUAGAAGAUAAUACCGAGGUCGCUGUCAAGAUGCUUUCUGGAACAUCGUCAAGUGGGUUUAAUGGGUUUUUAGCUGAGGUUCAGAGCUUGACAAAGGUGCAUCACAAGAAUCUAGUUUCAUUGGUUGGUUACUGCUCGGAGAAGGCUCAUUUAGCAUUGGUUUACGAAUACAUGUCUAGAGGCAAUCUGUUUGAUCAUCUGAGAGGUAAAAGUGGUGUUGGCGAAAACUUGAAUUGGGCAAUGCGUGUCCGAGUUUUGCUGGAUGCUGCACAAGGACUGGAUUAUCUGCACAAGGGUUGCAACAAGUCAAUAAUUCACCGGGAUGUGAAGACUAGUAACAUUCUGUUGGGUCAAAACUUACGAGCUAAAAUAGCAGAUUUUGGACUUUCUAGAACUUAUAUUAGUGAUUCGCAAUCUCACAUGUCAGCCACUGUAGCUGGAUCAAUGGGUUACAUUGACCCCGAGUACUACCAAACUGGCUGGAUCACUGAGAACAAUGAUGUCUAUAGCUUUGGUGUUGUUCUUCUAGAGGUAGUCACCGGUGAGCUUCCGAUAUUACAAGGCCAUGGUCACAUCAUUCAGCGUGUGAAACAGAAGGUUGAUUCAGGGGACAUCAGCUCCAUUGCCGAUCAGCGACUUGGGGAUGACUAUGAUGUUAACUCCAUGUGGAAGGUGGUAGAAAUCGCUUUGUUGUGCACGGAACCUGUAGCAGCUCGGAGGCCAUCCAUGGCAGCCGUGGUUGCACAGCUGAAGGAGAGUCUAACAUUGGAGGAAGCUCGUCAGGAAAGGGGACUCAAGGAGAACCCAACGGAUGAUGUAGUGGUGGCUAUGGUGCCCACGUUCGGUCCAUCAGCAAGAUGAAGAUCAAGCUGUACCUGUACCUACCCAUGGUGCAUCGUUCAUGGUAUCGCACCACAACUGUACAAUGCUCUUGUGAUAAAUUAUGUAAUGUUAAGCUAUGUAUGCUCAUGCGUGCAUUGUGAUGGAUUAAGUUUGCUUCUAUUUUUUUCCAAGUGCACAUCUGGUAUUUCUUAUCUUCUUUCUGUGCUUAAACUAAUCUAUAUAGUGAUAAAUGGGGAGUUAAUUUGUGCAUUC